AUGUUUAUACUAGAUAAGGUAGUUAACUGUGAUGGUUUUCCCGCAUAUGGCUUCUUCUUCAUAGCGCCGGAGGACGUUGCGCAGGCGUUCACUACUAUUUACGGAUUCGCACCGCGCAUAUUAAAAGGUAACGACCACCGCGUGGGUUUCGGGUUCCGGUUCGGGAACCACGCGGACCUGCAGGUGCUGUACGAGUUCGGUCCGCAGACCAACACCAGGCCGCUGCAGGCCACACUGAUAAGAUCAGCGCGAUACCACCAGCGUCAAGUGCGUCGGCCAUUCAUAGAGUUCCUGAUCCGCGCCGGCAUCCUGCAAACACCCUCGUACGAGCUGAACAUCAUACACGACGCUCAUGAUGAUGAUGAUGAUGAUGGACCCAGAUAACAGUGCCAAAGAACUUCGUCUCUGUGGGGUCGUCCACAUAUUACGA